AUGGAUUACGUUGAAUUGUUUAUCCAAAAGGUUGAGUUGAAUGAAGACUUCGAUAAUGGCAUAUAUGGUGAUAAUGGUAGUGACGGUGAUGCAGAAAGUGAUGAUACUGAUAGUGAGUAUGAAAUAGAUGGUAACAUAUCAAAUAUUGAUGACUUUGAAUUUGAUCAGAAUGUGGAUUCUACAGUUGAGUUUGGUGGGGUAGAAGGUAUUUCUAGUGAACCAGUUGGUGUGAAUAGUUGGGAGAGAAAUUUGGACGAACCUAAUCUAUCUGAUGAUACAUCAUUAAAAGACUCAGAUAGUGAUGUAGAGGGUGGUAAGUGGCCUGUUUUUAGGGCAGCUACUGAUAUGAAAGAGCCUCAUUUAAUCCUAGGAUUGACUUUUUCUAGCAAAGAAGAGUUUAAGGAAGCUGUGACCAAUUAUGCCUUUAACAAUGGAAAAGAUGUAAAAAUUGUUAAGAAUGACAAAGCCAGACUAGUUGUUAAAUAUAAACAUGAUGGAUGUUGUUGGACUUCUGAGAAUUCAAGAGCAACGUCAACUGUAGUUGCAAAGAGGUGGAGUAAGGAGAUUGCACAUCAUGAUGACUGGAAAAUGGAAAAAUUUAGGCAAAAGGUGUGUAAAGAUGAAAAGUUUCAUAUUAGUACACAUCAAACUUAUAGAGCAAUGAAGAAAGCUAAAAUUCAAAUUAGGGGUAAUCUAGAUGAUAAUUUCAAAAAGAUUUGGAGUUACUGCCAAGAAAUUAUCAGGACUAAUCCUAUCACAAUCUGUGAGGUGAAGCUCAGUGACAAUGUUGAACUUUGUGGGGGAAACAAAUUCCUUAUACUGUACAUGUGUUGGGAUGGAUAUAGGCAAGGUUUCAAAUUUUGUAGGCCAAUCUUGGGAGUGGAUGGAACUCAUUUGAAGUCUGGAAUUGGGGGGUUAAUUCUGACUGCAGUUGGACUUGAUGCUAAUGACUCAAUCUUCCCUGUUGCAUGUGCCAUUGUUGAGGAUAAACAAAAGGGUUUAAUAGAAGCAUUUGAAGUGGUUUUGCCUAGAGUUGAGCACCGAUUUUGUGUUAGGCACCUUCAUGGGAAUAUGAAGGUUGCGGGAUUUCAAGGAAAGGCAUUGAAGGAUGCACUAUGGGACUGUGCCAAAGCAACAACUGUGCCCAAAUAUAAAACUGCACUUGGAAAACUUAGACAAUUGGAUGAGGAUGCAUAUGUUUGGCUAUCUAAUAAGAGUCCAACAGAAUGA